AUUUUGCUGCGCGUAAUCCAUGCAAAUGCAUUGCUCAUUACACUCUUUUACUUUCGUGUCUUUCCCUCCUCUUUCCAUCUGUUCUUUUUCCUUCACCUCCUCCUAGUUUCAAUACACAUUAAAAACACCAACAUAGAGAUACUACCACCACUAUACUUUCUUUUUCAAAAUCCAUUUCUUUAUUCACAUUAAUGAAGAACCCUGUUGUGGAAAAGUUCUCUGAAUUUUAUCAGAAAUGGGUUUUGAAGCUUGAAGAAAUUCACCAUGAGCUUAUUGAAGUAUCAAAGAAAAAAACAGAGUUUGUAAUGAAUGAACAAGAAUUACAAACACUAGUUUCAAGAGUCACAACCCAUUUGAAAGAAUAUUACACUGUCAAAUGGGGUGCAGCACAUGAAGAUGUUGUAGUGUUUUUCACACCAACAUGGCUUAGUCCAUUGGAAAAUGCUUACCUUUGGGUAACUGGUUGGAAACCUUCCUCAAUUUUUCGCAUUCUCGAGAGAUUUGACAUAACAGAUGAACAGAGAAAGGAGAUAGAGAAAUUGAGAGUGAGGAUAAAGAUGGAGGAAGAGAAAGUGGAGAGAGAGAUGGAGAGACAACAAGUUGCUAUGGCUGAUUUGAAGAUAGUGGAACUGGCUAAGCUUUCAUGUAGAGCAAUGAAAGAUGAUGCAAAGGUUAAUGGGUUGGUUGGUGUGGCUUUGAAAGGUGUUUUUGCUGGUUUGGAGAAAGUUAUGAAAACUUCUGAUUGUGCCAGACUUAAGACACUUAAAGGGGUUUUGGAUGUUUUAAGUCCAAUUCAGUGUGUCGAUUUUUUAGCUGCACAUAUUGGUAUGCAGCUGAGGCUGAGGCAAUUUGGGAUGAAGAUGAUUACUGGAUCCAAUUGAAUGAAUGAUUAAAUCAAGAAAUUUUAGUAGUGAGUAUUGAGUAUUGUACAUCUUUAAUUUAAGCUUAAUUAAGUUGUUUAGUACUCCUUCAUUAA